AGAGGUAGAUGGGCUGUCAGUACCUCCACUGCUCAUCGUCAUGGCCUUACCAUUCCAUCCAUCCGAUCAGCGGCGCUGGUACAGUGCAACUGCAUCCCGGUGGAUGUCUGGGUUUCUGUGGGUCCUGCUCCUCUGCAUCGAUCCGGGUUCAUUGUCACAGCAGAACACUCAGCCCCAAUCCAUCAAAAUAGAAGGCGAUAUCACCCUGGGAGGACUGUUUCCAGUGCAUUCACGGGGCCCUGCUGGGGUUCCCUGUGGCGAGAUCAAAAAAGAAAAAGGGAUCCAUCGAUUAGAGGCAAUGCUGUACGCUUUGGACCAGAUCAACAACGACCCAGACCUGCUGCCCAACAUCACCCUCGGGGCACGGAUCCUGGACACCUGCUCCAGGGACACCUAUGCUCUGGAGCAGUCGCUCACAUUUGUCCAAGCUCUUAUCCAGAAAGACAACUCGGAUGUGCGUUGCUCAAAUGGAGAACCUCCUAUCAUCCCCAAACCAGAGCGGGUGGUUGGAGUGAUCGGGGCGUCUGGUAGCGCCGUGUCCAUCAUGGUGGCAAAUGUUCUCAGACUGUUUGCGAUCCCACAGAUCAGCUAUGCCUCCACUGCCCCAGAGCUGAGCGACAAAAGCCGCUAUGAAUUUUUCUCCAGGGUGGUACCGCCUGAUUCCUACCAGGCCCAGACCAUGGUGGACAUUGUCAAAGCCAUGGGCUGGAACUACGUCUCCACCCUGGCCUCUGAGGGAAACUAUGGAGAAAGCGGUGUGGACGCCUUCCUCCAGAUAUCUAGAGAAGCAGGAGGGUUGUGCAUCGCACAGUCCAUAAAGAUACCCAGAGAGCCAAGACCAGGGGAAUUCGACAAGAUCAUCAAGAGAUUGAUGGAGACCUCUAAUGCUCGUGGGGUCAUCAUCUUUGCCAAUGAGGAUGACAUAAAGCGAGUGUUGCAGGCUGCCAAAACAGCCAAUCUGACAGGUCACUUCCUGUUUGUUGGCUCUGACAGCUGGGGGUCCAAAAUUUCUCCCAUUCAAGACCAGGAGGAGGUUGCCGAGGGAGCAGUUACCAUCUUGCCUAAAAGAGCCUCUAUUGAUGGGUUCGACGAAUACUUCACAACAAGAUCUCUAGAAAACAACCGCCGGAACAUCUGGUUUGCAGAAUUCUGGGAGGACGAUUUCAAGUGCAAAUUAACCCGGACUGGUAUAAAGUCUGAACCCGGUCGAAGAAAAUGCACAGGCGAGGAGAGAAUCAGUCGAGAUGCUCAGUAUGAGCAGGAGGGCAAGGUGCAGUUUGUGAUUGAUGCUGUGUACGCCAUAGCCCAUGCCUUACACAACAUGCACGUGGACCUGUGUCCUGGCUCCAUGAGUGUCUGUGAGCAGAUGGACCCUGUGGAAGGAAGGAUGCUCCUCCAAUACAUUCGUUCUGUCAACUUCAACGGCAGUGCAGGAACUGGAGUGAUGUUCAACGAGAAUGGAGAUGCUCCCGGUCGUUAUGAUAUAUUCCAGUACCAAUUUGCCAAUGCCACCAACCCAGGCUACAAGGUCAUCGGCCAAUGGACAAACCACCUCCGACUCAAUCCAGAGGAGAUGCUGUGGUCAGGGGGCGAACACAGGAUCCCUGAUUCGGUGUGCAGUCUCCCCUGUGAGUCUGGUGAGAGGAAGAAGAUGGUGAAAGGCGUACCCUGCUGCUGGCACUGUGAGCUCUGUGAUGGUUACCAGUAUGUGAUGGAUGAAUUCACCUGUGACACUUGUCCCUUCAACAUGAGGCCCUUCAAAAACCGCACUGGCUGCCGACCCACACCAAUCAUUAAACUGGAGUGGAGCUCUCCCUGGGCCAUUAUCCCCGUCUUUCUGGCCAUCCUGGGCAUCCUCGCCACCUCCGGGGUCAUCGUCACCUUUGUCCGCUUCAAUGACACGCCCAUUGUCCGAGCUUCAGGCAGGGAACUCAGUUAUGUGCUGCUGACGGGCAUCUUCCUCAUCUACCUCAUUACUUUCUUCAUGAUCGCUGAGCCCAGUAUAGUGGUGUGUGCCUUCCGCAGGCUGCUGCUGGGGCUCGGCAUGAGCAUCAGCAACUCAGCUAUGCUCACCAAGACCAACCGGAUCUACCGCAUCUUUGAACAGGGGAAGAAAUCAGUCACAGCGCCAAAGUUCAUCAGUCCCACCUCUCAGCUCAUCAUCACUUUUAUACUCAUCUCUGUGCAGGUACUUGGGGUAAUCAUCUGGUUUGGUGUAGUGCCACCUCACACCAUCAUCGACUACGAGGAGCAGAAACCACCAAACCCAGAGUUUGCCCGAGGAAUCCUCAAGUGUGACAUGUCCGACCUGUCCCUCAUCUUAUGUCUGAGCUACAGUAUCCUCCUAAUGAUCACUUGCACUGUGUACGCCAUCAAAAGCAAAGGGGUUCCUGAGACCUUCAACGAGGCCAAGCCCAUUGGCUUCACCAUGUACACCACCUGCAUCAUCUGGCUGGCCUUUGUACCCAUCUUCUUUGGCACAGCACAGUCAACAGAAAAGAUGUUCAUCCAGACCACCACCCUGACGGUGUCUUUGAGCCUGAGCGCCACUGUGUCCCUGGGCAUGCUCUACAUCCCAAAGGUCUAUGUGAUCAUCUUCCACCCAGAGCAGAAUGUCCAGAAGAGGAAGCGCAGCUUCAAAGCUGUGGUCCAGGCGGCCACUGUGUCCACACGCCUGUCGCAGAAGGUCAGCGAGAAACAGAACGGAGAAUCCAAGACUGAACCUGAGAGAGUGGAAUGAAAUGACACAAAUGGCAUGAGUCUGUGUACUCCACACAUCUUCACAAGUGGACAAACAAACAUUAACAUCUGGUUUGGCUGGAGUGCCCUUUUCUCUCCUUUAAUAAAGAUGGUCAGAAGACUCAGCGAUCACACAUGUAGGUUACUCAAAACUGCUGAAUCUGGAAUGAAGCAUGAAAGCACCUAAAUAUGGGCCUCUUUUGAAAACGCUUACACAACUACAAUGAUGGUGCACCAAGCAGGCUUCAAGGAAUGUUAAAGUUGUUUGUUUUGUUUUUAAAUGACAUUCAUGUAUAUAUUUCCAACUGACUGACAAUGUGAAUUUAGCAGAAGAAGAAGAAAAAAAAAAAAGGGCACACGUUAUUCUCCGUGUGCUUCCCAAACUGUCAGGAAAAGUGGAGCUCUUACAGGAGGACAGAAGAAAAAUGUGAAGCAGAAAUGAAGGUGAAUGAAUCUUUCAUGAGAGGGAUAGUGAAGAAACAAGAUGCUUUAUGACUGCCAGAAUGAUCAAACAGCAACAUAAGGCUCAGAAAGCAAACGCGUCCAUUAUAACCAAAGUACAGUAACACUUUACUCUCAGGUUCAACAUAUGUGGUUACGAAAAUCUCAGGCAGGUUGACCAAGUUGUGCCAAUAACUCAUUUAUUGAACAUACACUUCGGUAAAAUUGUUGUGAGCCUUCGACCUCACGGAGCCGAGCGUAAACAAGCCACUACAAAUAAUACCAGUAAGAACUGUCCUCUAAUCAGUCCCUAUUGGUGCAAAUUCAUUUUAUAUUCUCUCACAGCAGAAGAUGAAAGGUUUAGGACAACAACUACAAUGUCUGGAAUUGAAAUCCACGCUAAAUAGACAUUUAAUACUGAGGCACUAGCUUGUAUCAGAUUGUGAUUUCUACAUGACGUGAUGUUUGAAGCUUUGGUCUUCACUGAAACGCUGAUUAAGGUUUGAUUGAUUUGAUGUAAAAAAAAAAAAAAAAAAAAAAAAGAGUAUAUGCAAAUCAGACAAGCAAAAUGACUUCCAAGAAUGGUACAUCUGUGAUUACAAGCAAAAAACAAACCCAAGAAGCAAGAAAAUAAAAGCAAAACAAAGCACAACACAGGAAAAAAGCAAGAUCUACAUUUAUCAAUUUCUGCCAGGGGUCCAAACAAAUGAUACAACAGAUAUUCACACAAUAAAGAGACAGUAACACACACAGGGUGAUUUUCAGGAAUUUACAUUUCUAAAUGGAGAAUG